GAAGAACCAAAUUAUGACGACGAACUUAUGGGUGGAGCAGUCCUGGUACGAUUACAAAUUGCGAUGGGAACCGAAGGAAUAUGGUGGAGUUCAUAUGCUGCACGUGCCAUCAGAUCACAUCUGGAGACCCGACAUCGUCCUCUACAAUAACGCCGAUGGCAACUAUGAGGUCACGUUGAUGACAAAGGCCACAGUCUACUACACGGGGCUCGUGGUCUGGCAGCCCCCGGCCGUAUAUAAGUCCUCUUGUGCUAUUGACGUUGAGUUCUUUCCCUACGACGUCCAAACAUGCGUUUUGAAGUUAGGAAGUUGGACCUAUGAUGGGUUUAAGGUCGAUCUCAGGCACAUGGAUGAAAAGGCUGGUAGCAACGUGGUCGAGGUCGGUGUCGAUCUAUCCGAAUUCUACAUGUCCGUUGAAUGGGAUAUAUUGGAGGUUCCUGCUGUCAGGAAUGAGAAGUUCUAUACGUGCUGUGAUGAACCAUAUCUCGACAUAACAUUCAACAUAACAAUGCGGAGGAAGACGCUUUUCUACACGGUGAACAUCAUCAUUCCUUGCAUGGGCAUCUCGUUUCUCACAGUGCUUACAUUCUAUCUGCCCUCUGACAGCGGAGAAAAGGUGACACUCUCCAUUUCCAUACUUAUUAGUCUCCACGUGUUCUUCCUGCUAGUCGUCGAGAUUAUUCCACCCACAUCGUUAGUGGUCCCAUUAUUAGGAAAAUAUCUCAUUUUCGCCAUGAUAUUAGUUUCAAUAAGUAUAUGCGUGACGGUGGUUGUACUGAACGUCCACUUUCGAUCCCCGCAGACGCAUAAAAUGUCACCUUGGGUGAAGAGGGUCUUCAUCCAUAUAUUACCUAGGUUACUGGUGAUGAGAAGACCGCAGUAUAUGUUCGAAACGAAUAGGUAUGUUUCGAGCAGGCUACUGAUGAGGGGUCGUCAAUUCUCAACAUGCUUGUAUCCGUACAAGUCGUCGGUGCAAACAACGGAAGAGCGCAGCCCCAGGAGGUUCCAGAGCAGCCGGACGCCGUCCAAAGAGGAACUAUCUCCAGGUUUGGCGGACAGUCUGGGCGGUCCAUUCGGGGGCAGCUGCCAAAUCCACGGACCUCUGGCCAUGCCCCAAACGGAAGCGGAAGAUCUCACGGUGCUCGAGGGAGAAGCACCCGGCUCAGGGGUCAAAAGCCCAGUCCUCCGGAAUCCGGCUUUCUCGCAUUCACGUUGUCCACCGGAAGUACACAAGUCUUGCUUCUGUGUUCGCUUUAUUGCUGAACACACGAAAAUGCUGGAGGAUUCUACCAAGGUAAA